GAAUCUUGAGCCAUCGAUUUACAUUUUCCAAACUUCCACUGGUGGUAUAGCGAAAGCGGGUUGUCCUGAAUCCAGGCAAUUCGCACUUGUCAACCUGGCCCCGGGCCAACGUUGAACACCGUGUGCACAUUCAAACCCCCAGGGGUGGGUCAUUGGGGUGACUCAAGCAGCCUGUCUGAGGCUGCUAGAAAAACCAGAGCUAAGUGCAUCUUUGGGCCUCACCAUGACCCCACAUAUAGUUUAAUAUCCAAGCUCUUCUCAACCUCUGCAGGGCUACGUAUCCGAUACAGUAUUAUAGCAAUUGCUUACUUGCAAGUACAACCAUUACUGCUCUUCAUGAACGCCAAUCCUGCACACUGAGUCUGGCAAUGUUGGUACAAUUAACGCCUGACAGUUGACACCUGCAGGCUCAGUCUAGCUGUUAUUCUUGCCAUCAGACACUUGCUUUUUUUUUCUGGAGGUCCUACAUGCAUGUAUUACGCAGCGACCUUUGCUGCCUUUCGCAGAAGUGUACCAGAGCAGCAGCCUUCCCAAGCGAUACCCCUCAAAUCUGCCUUUCACACUGACAGGUAAAAAUGGCAACUCACACCAUGCCUCAAAAUCAUGAGUUGCGCCGGGGAAUCUUUCAAGACUGUCUGGGGACGGACAGGGUGGGAGCAGAAGCUUCAUGAUAGAAUAUGAGCCUAGUCCUAACCUAACACACACACAUGCACACAGGCGCAUUUUCCUAAAACCUAAGUACCACUUACCUCUAUUCCUAAGUACUUCCCAAAAACGACGCCUCACUCCUUCAUUGACACCUAAUAAAACAUCCAGCUUCCUAGUAAUACAACGCCUACUCCUAACCUUGAUGGAUGGCAUGCAAUGGUAUGCGACCUUAAAAUACACAGAUUUAGCGCUGGCAGAUUCCUAAUUUUUCACCCCUGGAAGACCAAAAUGUACCGCUGACCAAAAACGACCAAAAUUGCUCCUUACCACAACUAUACACAGUUGGCGGAUAUUGCUGAGAUAGCUUCCUGCUAAUCAAGAAAAAUAUCCAGUGGUGAAAGUUCUCCAAAAUUGGGGGAGUAAUCUGCCAGGUAAAAUUGCAGAUUCAUCCCAAAACUUCCAUGUGAGCAGUCCAGAAAAUUGCCCAGGCUGCAGAAGCUGGC